UCAAACCGAGUCCUCAUUCCUGUGCUGCUGCUGCUGCUGCUGCUGCUACUGCUGCUCGUUCGAGGGAUGAACUUUUCGUUCAGUGGCGCUGGAUUUCUGGGCGCGUACCAUCUCGGCGUCGCGCAAUGCCUGGUGAACAAGCUUGGUCGCGAGACGUUGCGACGCUCGCAGUUCAUUGGGACGUCAGCCGGAGCGCUCACCGCCGCCGUGCUCGCAACCGAAGCGGACAUUGACCAGUGUAUGGUGCAGACCACCCGCUUGGCAAAAUACUGGGCAAACCAUCCCGUAACAAGGCUUCUGACGGGACAAGUGCUGACAAACGUCGUGUCGAUUGUGCUGAAUGCGCCAGCAGAUAUGCUAACUGCAACUGCGGGUGUUGCCAUGCCGUCCCCUGCUCAAGUGGCAGCAACAACUCCCAUCCAAGAUCCCGAUACCGACGCGCCAUUCAUCCAAGAGGUCGAGCGAAGCCUGCGAGCAGUACUUCCACUCGACGCGCUGGAGCGUAUGGCGUUCCAAACCCCGCGAUCGACGCUGGCGGCCACAGCAGCAUCAACAGCAACCCCAAGUCGAGCCUCGCCUUCUCGAGUCACUGUGGUUGUGACGCGAGCUGUGCCCGUGCCGCUGGCUCGUCGCUUUAGCCAAUUCACGUCCUACGACGACUUGAUUGCAGCAUUGCUCUGCUCCUCGUUCAUUCCCGGUUAUUGUGGACGUGUUCCGCCAUUGUUUCGAGGAGCCAACAAAUACAUUGAUGGCGGUUUGACUGACAAUUGGCCUCAGUUUCGUCCCGAUGAGCUGAUCGCGCCCGUGCCCGAGCUGCCUGGACCUACUCUCCCGGCUCGAACGAUUAAAGUGUCGCCGUUUCUUGGAACGUUUGACAUAUGUCCCCCGCCUGAUGAUUCCGUUCCGUACAUGUUGGCUCCCGUGCUUCCGUGGACAAACAGCGACAAGGUCCAAGUGGCUCCCGCGAAUAUGAGAGCCAUCUACGACGCUCUGUUGCCACGCGAUCCAAAACUCAUCCCAAUGUACUUUCAAAAUGGCUACGACGACGCGACUCGCGCCCUGCGGCAGCUUCGGUUGUGCGAAGCAGGCUGA